UGCACUCAAACGUGACAACGGGAACAUAAAUAACGUUGCCCCAAUGUUAUUGAGCAUAAAAAAUGAACACGAAGCAAGUCACCUGCAGGUAUUUUCUCCAUGGUGUCUGCCGAGAGGGGAAUAGGUGCAUGUUCUCUCAUGACCUGACCACCAGUAAACCUUCAACCAUCUGUAAGUUCUACCAGAGAGGUGUGUGUGCCUACGGAGACCGCUGCAGGUAUGACCACAUCAAGCCGGCUGGUAGUGGUGGUGGAGGGGGGAGAGGUGUGCCCAUGGACCUCCCUAACAGAAACCCCAUCACGGCUGGGGCCUUCAUUCCCCCUGGUGUUGCUGUCCCGGGACAUCCAGGCAACUCUGCACCCCCACCCAGGCACAAUGGAGGGAAGAAACCCCUGGUGCUGAGAGAUAGAGCCCAGGGCUGUGACAGCAGAAUGAUGCCUUAUGGUGGAGAUGGCCCAGAGGUAACCGAGGCAGAGUGUUGGGCGGAAUACCAUGAAAACAGCGCCCAUGCCAAACCUCAUUCCUACCUGGACGCCAUCAGGACCAGUCUGGAGUGUUCUGCCACGGCCGGCCCCUAUCCUGUCUCUGUCCCCUGCCCCCAGCAACAGCUCUGUCCCUACGCUGCUGCGGGACAGUGUCACUACGGAAACACCUGCCCCUAUCUCCAUGGUGACCUGUGUGACAUUUGCAGCCUGCAGGUGCUCCACCCACACGACCCCGAGCAGAGGAGAGCUCACGAGAAGAUGUGUAUGUUGGUGUUUGAGGCGGACAUGGACAAGGCGUUUGCAGCGCAGCACAGCCAGGACAAGGUGUGUUCUAUCUGUAUGGAGGUGGUUUAUGAGAAAGCUGCUGCCUCAGAGAGACGCUUCGGGAUCCUCUCUUCUUGCUGCCACACAUACUGCCUCUCCUGCAUCCGCCAGUGGCGCUGCGCCAAGCAGUUUGAGAACAAGAUCAUCAAGUCGUGUCCAGAGUGCAGAGUGGUGUCUGAGUUUGUCAUCCCUAGUGUGUACUGGGUGGAGGACCAGGAUGAGAAGAACAGACUGAUAGAGGACUUCAAGUCUGGAGUCAGUAAGAAGGCGUGUAAAUACUUUGACCAGGGUCGGGGAACCUGUCCGUUUGGAGGGAAGUGUUUCUACAUGCAUGCUUACCCCGACGGAACGCGGGCCGAGCCGGACAAACCCCGCAAGCAGCUGGGCUCUGAGGGGAACGUGAGGUUCCUGAACUCUGUGCGUCUGUGGGACUUCAUUGAGGAACGCGAGCAGCGCAGCGUUGCCCAGCCGCAAGACGAGGUCAGCGAACUGAGAGAACUCUUCAUGCAGAUGUCUGGUCCAGGAAGGGAGGAGAGCAGCGGGGUGUCUGCAGAGCCCUGAGCCCCAAACUACCCGUUACCCAGUCCAGCACUCUGCCCAACGGCUCAAACAUACAACACUGGAGAAUAACGUGUACUCACUAGUAAGCCUUUCAUGUUGAUGGUUUGAGGCUUUUUUUAAUCAUGGUACAUUUGUGUGGAAAGUAGUAAAUCUGUACAUAGAGCUGUAAUGGUUCUGAUAUGCUUUAGAUGCGGUCAUAUAGAUCAGCCUUCAGGAAGGUUACAGGAGAAACAUCUAAUUAAUGCACACAAGUCUGUUUGACUCAAUUUCGGCGUGUUAAUUUAGACAUUUACAUUUCUGUUGUCCAGGUAGCUAGUUCCUCCUAGAGGAACUGUUUAGUGUUGAUGGAUUCUCACAUUGAGGUUUAGCAACUUUAUCGGUAUAAAAUAAUAAUGGUAAUGUUGACCUUAUCCCACAUCUAUAGUAAGAGAAUAAAGCAGACAUCUAUUGUUGAGUGAAGCUGCCUGGGGUGACUAACCUAUAGCAGGGAGUCUGGAUAUUAUGCUACAGUGUUUAAUGUAUAUUCUAUGGUUAAUCAUUCAUUACUAUGUUGGCUUCUAAUGUAUUUAUCCAAUAGGAGUCCAUUCAUUGAAUAAAUCAAAUGUUUGACAGCGCUGUAUAACCUAUGGGUUAAUGAAUGGAAUAACUUGGAUAAGGCCUGACGUAGUACUUCACAACCAUGGCGUGUGUUCUGUUUCAGUCUAUAGAUAUUUGGCUUUGUUUAUUCAUUGUAUUUUAAUAAAAUAAUCUUUCAGGUUUAUAA